GCUGGGAUACACUUUUCUGGUAGCCCUGCUGAAGCUGCUGAAGUGCUGACGCUGACCGCUGACCACCCACUAACGUGCACUAAUGUGGCUAUCACGACUGUAUCGACAACGACGUCAAUUCGAUCAAUGCUGACGGAUCUGAAUAAUUGUGCAUUAAUAUGCAGUGUUUUUUUUUAUUACACACGGUGAAUUGUCAAUGUACGAAACGUUGUUGCCGAACGAAGUGAAAUUACAUGUGCCUACUGUGACUGGUACGAAAACCAAUUGUUCGCAAACUAAAAGAAGUACAUACGCGUAUGCGUGCAUACGUUCAUACGUACGUACGCGGCGUUGUGUGGAUCGUACUUAUUGUUAUUAUUGUUGUUGUUGUUGUUGUUGUUGUUAUUAUUGUCGUUGGAACGAUCGAAUGAAGAGUGAUAAUCAAUUUAUGUAGAGUGUGAAUCGUCGUCGGCGGGUUGUUAGUUGACGAUUUAAUAAUGGUGAUUUAUGGUGUUUAUAUCGUAUCGAAAUCGGGUGGACUGAUUUUUAAUCACGAUCACAACGUCCCACGCAUCGAGAACGAAAAGACGUUCAACUUUCCAUUGGACGUAAAAUUGAGUUACGAGAACAAAAAGAUUGUGGUGUCGUUCGGCCAGAAAGAUGGAAUCAAUGUGGGUCACGUGUUGACUACGGUGAACGGCGUGAACGUGGUAGGACGAGAAUUGGAAAACGGAAGAGACGUGUUCGAAUUGCUGGAACGACCCGAGAAUUUUCCCGUGUCGCUCAGGUUCAGCCGCGCUAGAAUGACGACCAACGAAAAGAUCUUUCUGGCAUCGAUGUUUUAUCCUUUAUUUGCGAUCGCUAGUCAAUUGAGUCCCGAACCGCGUUGUUCAGGUAUAGAAAUAUUAGAAGCCGAUGCGUUCAGAUUACAUUGUUAUCAAACGCUGACCGGCAUUAAAUUCAUUGUGGUAGCAGAGCCCACACAGACUGGCAUAGAAAUUCUAUUGAAAAGAGUAUAUGAGUUAUAUGCGGAUUACGCUUUGAAAAAUCCCUUCUAUUCGUUGGAGAUGCCGAUCAGGUGCGAACUGUUCGAGACUAAUUUACAAAACUUGUUGGACAACGUGGAAAAGUCUGGUGCUAGUAGCGUGUAACAGCAGCAACAGCAGCAACAGCAGCAGCAACAAGUUUCAGUCGCAAUCGCAUCGGAUCGCAAAGGUCAUCGUUCAUUGUUCAGGACCGCUGGAUUGGUUAGUAGUAGUAGGUCGACGUCAAAUAAGAUGUGAAAUUUAUUGUUAAAACUUUCUGUUUUCCUAACAUAUGCACUGUGUAACUCACGAUGAUGGUACAUUUAUAUUGUCGUACGCGCGCAUGACAACACACAAACUGCUCUACGAGCGGCUUCCAAUAUCACCAUUUUUAUUCCUAUUAACUGCGGAAAGUAUAAAAGAUUCACCACAGAGAUUUACAAAAAUAUAAUAACACAGUUAA